GGUCUUGUUGACACCAUCGUUGCCGGCGAGUCACGCGGUGAUCGAAUUGGCAAGAGAAUCGUGCUUCCACGUACGUUUCCUGGUGGUGAUCGUGACAUGCAGCGGAGGUUGCUGGAUGCGAUGAGAUACCUGACAAAGAGAAACACCCCGUUCUGCAUGACCUGGUCGUCAAACACAUGCUGCACGGACCCUGUGAGAUACCUGACAAAGAGAAACACCCCAUUCUGCAUGACCUGGUUGUCAAACACAUGCUGCACGGACCCUGUGUCCAUCAGUGCUGCAGCUCUAGAUUCAUUGCCGAACAUGCAUACAAUUGCAUUUAAAGCUGGUGAAAAUCUAGAAGAUGUUGUCGCUCGACCAUCUUCAUCCAGGUCCAUGCUUACCGAGUACUUUGAGAUGAACCGGAGGAAUCCGCAAGCACAGAAAUUGUUGUACAGAGAGUUUCCAGAGCAUUAUAGAUGGAUAGCUGGAAAAAAGAAGUGGCAGAAGAGAAGAAAUAACAGAUCACAGAUUGGAAGACUUGUGUAUGCACACCCUGCUGAAGGAGAGAGGUACUACUUGCGUGUGCUGCUAAGUCAUGUUCGAGGUGCCACUUCUUUUGAUGAUUUAAAAACAGUAAAUGGCAACCUAUGCACUUCCUUCAGAGAGGCAUGUGAGCACUUAGGCCUCAUUGAGCACGACAAGACUCUUCAUGAUUGCAUGACAGAGGCAGCCACAUUUCAGAUGCCUUCUGCCCUAAGACGGUUGUUUGCAACUAUAUUGGUAUUUUGCGAGGCAACAGAAAUCCGACAAUUGUGGGAUAAACAUCUACCAUCAAUGUGUGAGGACUACAGUCGUAAUGAAUCCAAUGAGUCGGUACUUGAGCAGAUGGUCCUUCGAGAUAUUAGGGAUAUGUUGCAAUCCAUGGGAAAGGAUAUUAAGAGCUAUGGACUUCCGGAUCUGGUUGAGACCGAUGGUUCUUAUGACAGUGAAUACAGAGAGGUAACAGAGGAGAGGCAAAUCACCGCGGACACAAAACAUCUAGAUCUAUUUAGCAGUUUGAACCAUGAGCAGCUAGCUGGUUUCAAUGACAUAAUGGAUCAUGUGAUGAACAAAAAAAGCCAGAUAUUCUUUGUUGAUGGUCCAGGAGGAACUGGGAAGACGUACUUGUACAAGGCAUUGCUAGCAAAGGUGCGUUCCAUGGGCGAAAUCGCGAUCGCAACUGCUACAUCUGGUAUUGCAGCGUCGAUAAUGCCUGGAGGACGCACAGCACACUCCCGGUUCAAAAUUCCAAUCAAGCUCACUGACAACAAAUACCUACUAAGGAUAGGCAAUGGAACUGAAGAGACAAUUGGCGACGAUUAUGUCCGUCUCCCCGAGGACAUUGUCAUUGGCUAUACCGAGGAUGAAAAAGCUAUUAACAUGCUCAUCGAAGAUGUCUUCCCAUCUUUGCAGGCCAAUGCUAGAUCGAGAGAGUACAUGAGUGCACGUGCUAUUCUUUCAACCAAGAACGAUCAUGUCGAUGACCUGAAUGAAAAAAUGAUCUCCAGGUUUCCAGGCGAAGAAAAGUUAUACCAUAGUUUUGACUCAAUUGAGGAUGACUUGCAGAAUAAUUACACAAUUGAUUUUUUGAACUCAAUCACACCAAAUGGCUUGCCCCCGCAUGUUUUGAAAUUAAAGGUCAACUGUCCAGUCAUUCUGCUCCGGAACCUCGACCCUCAUAAUGGUCUAUGCAAUGGAACACGGCUUAUGAUCAGAGCCUUUCAGGAUAAUGCAAUCGAUGCGGAGAUUGUUGGUGGUCAGCAUGCUGGAAAGAGGGUGUUUAUACCUAGGAUCCCUAUGUCACCCUCGGAGGACAUCUCACUUCCUUUCGAACUUAAGAGAAAACAGUUCCCCAUCCGCCUGAGUUUUGCCAUGACAAUUAACAAGGCAUAG